CGGUUUUCUGUAUGGAGAAAGAUGACAUUCGCUUACAGCCGAUGUGCUGUCACUUCCUGAGUAACUCGCCGUGUGACAUUCUUCUCGGCGCAGAGGAAUGUACAAGUCCAUUUGGAACGUACGAAAUCUCCAUGCCGAUAGACAGGAAAGCCCCUUGUGAAGGCAGUGACUCGAGACUAACAAAUAAAAAUUGCAAAGACUUUGAUCGAUCCAAGUAUACUAAGAUGAACGUGUGGAUUCAUUAUCUGUACUGGAGCGACAGCUACCCCACAGGGCCAGACGAUCCGAAAUGUGGGAGCUUCAAAGCCGCCAGUCCUGAACAAGCCACUCCUGACUACUUUAAUUCUUAAACCCUAAGGAAGCAUCUGGAACGAAGGACAGUGAUGCCAAAAUUCUCACUAAGUUAUUAAAAAGAAAAUAAUAAAGUAAUCUUUGAAUUUGAUUGACUAAUUUCGCGCUCGCUCCAGCGGUCCGGACUUUCCCAUCCCCACCCUGACUACGGACCGCUCCGAAAUUUCCAACUUUGGCAGCUUUUCAAGCUUUUUGUUACACUAUAAAAAAAAAUUAGAAUGUAAAAAUUCAACACGAAGCCAAACAAUUAUGAAUUCCGAGAACAAAAAUUCUGCAAACAGUAAUGCUUUUGUCAAUGGCUUUGGUCGAUCCGUAUUGUGCCCUCUGUCUUGAGUACGGGUAACUUAUAUUUGCGGCCUGGUAAUGAAAUGAUGUGGCUGGUAAAGUUAUAAAUUGACACCAUGGCGACUAAUAAAUAAACUAGCUUGUUGCUUUUUCUCGACUUACCGUACUUAACGUCCACUCUGUUCAUUUUACAACUUGGACUGUUGGAAUUGCAAGUUUUUGUUUUUUGUGUGUGUGUUUGUUUUGUUUUGUUUUGUUUUGUUUGUUUGUUUAUUUG